UUGUUUUGAUAUUGAGAGAGGCGUGCGUUUACUUCCCACCGAGGCUUCUUCUCUUUUCUCUCCUUCUCUCAUUCCGCUUUUACACGCUUCAAUUAACUUGUGCUUAUAGCCUAUUCAUUUUUCUCUACCGCGCUUCUUCGAUUCUCUCUCUCUCUCUAUUUCUGGUGUUUCGUGGCACAAAUUUGUCAUACGGUGAUUGACAAUGGAGCUCAAUACCAUUAAAGAUGCUUUUGAUCGUGUGGCGAAGAAACAAAAGCUGUCCUGUUCAAAAACUCAAGAAGUAAUUGACCAGAUUAUCCAAGAAAUUGAAAAGGCAUUAGAGAAAAUACUGUCAGCCCAUGAUCCUGAGUCUGAACUUGAUUAUAAAACUGUCCUUUCUGAUAUUCGAACCACACUAAAAGAUAUUGCUCCACUCAGUCAGCAGGAAGGCACACAAAAGGAGCUGAACAUAGCACUGAGCAAGUACUCCAAGCUUCUUGAGAAAUCCUUCAAUUCAGAUAUAUCUAAGGCUUAUCGAAAUGUUGACUUUGAUGUGCACACAGUGAACCAGAUAAUUGCCGGCCAUUUCUACCGUCAGGGCCUGUUUGACCUGGGUGACUGCUUCAUAAGCGAGGCCGAGGAACCGGAAUCUGCUGCUGCAAUGAAAUCCCCAUUUUUGGAAAUGAAUAAGAUACUUGAAGCUAUAAAGAGUCGGGACUUAGGGCCAGCACUGAAUUGGGCAGCCAAUAACUCUGAAAAACUUAAACAAAAUGGAUCUGACCUUGUUCUGCGACUUCACAGCAUGCAGUUUUUAGAAAUACUCCAGAAGGGAAACACAGAUGAAGCUCUCAAGUAUGCCAGAAGUCACCUAACUCCUUUUUCUUCCAACCACAUGGCUGAACUCCAGAAGCUCAUGGGCUGUCUUCUCUGGGCUGGAAAACUUGAUCGUGCCCCAUAUUCUGCAUUACUAUCACCCACUAAUUGGGAUAAACUAGCUGAGGAGCUAACCAGGCAGUUCUGCAAUCUUUUGGGGCACUCCUAUGAGAGCCCAUUGAGUGUGACUGUAGCAGCAGGGGUCCAGGGGUUGCCAUCGCUUUUGAAGUUUAUGAAUGUGAUGGCAGGGAAGAAGCUUGAAUGGCUGUCUAUGAAGCAGUUGCCUGUGCCAGUGGAGUUGGACAAGGAAUUUCAGUUCCAUUCCAUCUUUGUGUGUCCGGUGUCCAAGGAGCAAUCAACAGAGGAUAACCCACCCAUGUUGUUGUCCUGUGGCCACGUGCUGUGCAAGCAGUCUAUAAUGAAGAUGUCCAAGAACCACACAAAAUCUUUCAAGUGCCCUUACUGUCCUAGUGAUAUUGAAGCAGGACAAUGUAAACAACUCCAUUUCUGAUAUAUGUUCGGGGGUUGUAUUUUACUCUUCUUCUUCUUCUUCCACUGUGAUGAACUGAAUCAAGUUGUGUAGAAACUAGCUGUGUUGUGUAGUUGGGGUGUGUGGGGAUGGUGGCCAAAGCUGACAGGUCCGUUGUGAUGUACUGUCCUUUGAUGCAUUUGUUGUAAAUAGACAUUCUUUCUCUGUUGCUAAUGAAAAGUUACGUCAGUUCCUGAAAA